AAGCAAUACGUUUGUGUGAUUACUCGGGGCUCCAUUAUCAUAUCAACAUACACAUACACCUGAAAAAUUAGGGUUUUAGCAUUUUUUUUUCUCAAUUUCAACAUAAGCUGCAAAAAAACAAGGUUAGAUUCUUCUCAAUUUCUCAUCCGUCAGUUAAAUUUGUUGUUUAAAACAUCAAUUUUGUUAGGAAAUCUGCAAAAAACCUAAAUUUUCAUAAAAUCUGAGCGUAUAAUGGACGAGAUCUGGGAGAGAGCGGUGGAAACGGCGUUAGAUGGCCAGCGAGACACGGCGGCGGUCCGGACUUUAACGCUUGACGGUGCCGUGAAGUGCGUUCACGGCCGUUUGCCGCAUCCGUCGUUGUUUCAGAAGUUUCCGGACCUGCAACAGUUAUCGAUCGCGAAUAUAGGUGUUUCGUCGCUUGAACAGUUUCCGCGGUUGCAGAACCUGCAGAAAUUGAUAUUAUCUGAUAAUCGGAUUGCUGGCGGUUUGGAGUUUCUGGUUCAGGCAGGUUUGGAGUCGUUGCGAGAUUUAGAUUUGUCGAAUAAUCGGAUUCAGGAGAUUGAUGAUUUGAGGCCGUUAGCGGAGUUGAGGCUUGUUUCGCUUGAUCUGUAUGAGUGUCCGGUUACUAGGGUUAAGGAUUAUAGAUCUAGAGUGUUUGGAUUGAUUAAAUCGCUGAAGUAUUUGGAUAAGAUGGAUGUGGAUGAGAACGAGCGGCCGGAGUCAGACGAUGAGGAUGAUGAUGACGAGGAAGAGGAAGAAGAGGAGGAGGACCAGGAAGAGGAUGAUCCUGGAAGUGGAGAGGUGGACGGUGAGGAGAAAGGGCCGAAUCGGUUGACUAACGGACAUGUUGUAGGGCAGGAUGGUGUGGUGGAUGUGGAUGAGGAUGAUGAGAGUGAUGCGGACGAGGAGGAGUCGGAGAUCGUGAGAGGGGUGAAUGAAAACGGGUCGAAUGGUGUCGGUGGUCAGGCGAAUGGUUUUCAUGGUGAGCCUGCUGAUGUGGAGGAUGAGGAUGAGGACGGUGAUGGUGAUGAUGAUUCGGAUGAGAUUGAUGAGGAGGAAGGUGAGGAUGAGGAGGAUGUGAUUGAGGUUCACGAGGUUGAGGAUAGCGAUGAUGAAGAAGAUGGGGUUGAAGACGAGGAGGAAGAAGACGAUGAGGAUGAUGAUGAUGAGGUUGAUAACGAUGAUGGUGAUGGUGACGUAGGUGAGCCUGGGAGUUCUGGGUGGGUAACUAGCACAGAAGGUGAAAUCGAUGGACAUGAGCAGGGAGAAGAUGAUGUAGAUGAAGAUGAUGAUGGAGAAACUGGAGAAGAGGAGGUUGGCGUUGAAGAAGGAGAUUUUGAAGAUGACGAAGACGCCGAGGAUGAGCAGGAAGAAGAGGAUGUUGAUACAGGGUACCUGGUACAACCAGUUGCGCAGGUUGCAGAAGGUGUUGGGGAUGAAGAAGAUGUUCCUGAAGUGGAUGAGGAAGACGACGAUGACAACGAUGAUGAUGAUGAUGAUGAGGUGCAUCUUCCAGCCUCUUCAAGUAAGAGAAAGCGAGAUAGCGAUGAUGAUGAUGAUGACGGUGAUGAUGAAGAUGAUCAUCAUCCCAAAUCACCAAAGCACAACUAGCAAGAGCUACAAGUUAUGGUGAAGAAGAUUUAAUGGUUCAUGUGUAUGGUUUGGUACUUCUGCUGGUGAUGAUCAAUGAUGGAAUUGAGUUUUUGUGUUUUUUAAUGGAGAAGAUGAGGAAGGGGAGAGAAGGUUGUAAACUGGUUUGGAUGAUGGGAAGUAUUUGAAAGAAAGUUAUAAAAGGUUUGGUUAAGUUAUAUAUCCGUUGAACAAACAGAUUCAAAUGACAGUUGAUGUUUAAAGAGGUCUUUUUGAAUGACAGUUGAUGUUCCAAAUGGAGGGAAACAAAGUUAAAAAAAACAACAAACCUUAAACGUAUAAAUGAAUCAUCGGAUCAAAGAGUGAAGUGAACCCUCUUUAUUUCUAAAAAAUAAUAAAAUAAUAUUAAAUAAAUCAAAAUGGGAUGAUGGAUGCAAAGAGAGGUUCCGUAUUCGGAGAAUGGAGGGGGGUGUCAAGUACGAAUCGGCGUCGUUUUGGGAAUGUGUUUGCAACUUGUAAACCAAAGAGUGCCCAAAUUGUAAGUUGUAAGAGUGAGUGGACACGUGUUGGGAUAUAAUUGGCCAUCCGAAAGUAAGAAGAUUCAUUCACAAGAGUCGGCUCGCAUCAAAGGGCUGAGCCAAUUAGAAUGGGGUGAAACUUGAAGUUGAAAGGUGCUGUCGAAGACAAUCAAGACAUAGGAAGGCUUGCUUACUUGGCUCAGCUCGGCUUUAUAUAUUUGUUUUGUAUUCUAUUCAACACUUUGUGGCCUAACCUUCAUUUUAUUCUAGCUUUUUAUUUUAAUA